CAACCUCAAACUUUCUAACCAUCCGUAGAAGCUACACAAAGAAUUCAAAUUUAUCGAUGCAAUAUCACAUUUGCUCAAAUUUGAGACUUUGAAGUUGUAAGCUUUCGAAAUACCUUUUGAACUUUCAACCGAGUUUAGCAACUGAAUUGAAAAAUCAGACCGGGAUUCUUCAGACCCUCGACCUCUUGACCUGAACUCUUUUGUGACUUUUGAUCAGAAAAUUAGAAAACUGUCAAUUUUGGCUAAUCAGCUAAGCAUGUCUGACCAAUAUGGAGAUCGUCAAAAAUUUGAAUAUUUGUCAUCAAUAAACCCGCCUGUCACGCAAUCAGAGCCCCUAGUCCAAAGCCCUCUGGCCAAAAAUCCAGCGAUUUCAUCCGUCGAAGAUAAUUUACAUGACCCGGAAAUACUGCCUAUGGACGGAAUCGAUUCGAACGCCUGUCAAUUAGUGCAUUUCAAGCAACAGCAUUCCUCUGCUUGUCUGAUUUGUGGGGAUAAGAGUACUGGGAAACAUUACGGCGCCUCGAGUUGCGAUGGUUGCAAGGGGUUCUUUAGGCGAAGCAUCCGAAAGUCCAACAGCUACGUUUGUCGAUGGCAAAGAAAUUGCACUAUAGACAAAGACAAGCGAAAUCAGUGUCGAUUUUGUAGAUUGAGAAAAUGUUAUCAGUUCGGUAUGAAAAAAGAGGCAGUCCAAAAUGAACGGGAUCGGAUUUCGAGCCAGGGUCGGAAUUUGGAGGGUAGCAACGACGGGUUCCCGAUACCUCCUCCCCCAACCCCGCUUCCAGGAGUGAAUGAGUUGCCGAGGGUUCAUAUGCAACAACCUCCAGUUGGAAUAACGGUCGCGGAGCUUUUGAACUCGGAAAAGAGUCCGUUCAUUCCUCUCGUGGCCGAAUCAACUUUGAAACCCUUAAGUUCGUUAACUGAGCUCUGCGAAUCUAUGAAUCAACAAUUGAAAGCUCUCGUUGAGUGGGCGAAAACAUUACCUGUUUUCAUGCUCGGAAAUUUGGACGACCAAGUUUCGCUUCUAAGAGCAAGCGCUGGUGAACAACUGAUUCUUGGCGUCGCUAAGCGGUCACUGUAUAGUAAAGUAAAUAGUUUAGUACUUGGUAAUAACUACAUUCUGACGACUAACACUGGUCUAUUAUAUCCCGAUAUGAUCUCUAUAGUUUCGGCUAUAAUGACGGAUAUAGUUGAACCAAUGCGAGAAAUGAGACUAGAAACUACUGAAUUUGUCCUAAUAAAAGCCAUCAUUUUCUUCGAACCUCUUGCUCGAAAUCUGAAAGACUCGCAAAGAAUCAAAACUGUGCGAAGAGACCUUUACGAGCAACUUGAGAGGUCUAUUUCUGAAAGAUUCCUUGACGGUAAUUCCACUACGCGAUUCGCUGAGAUCUUAGCUCUCCAAGCGCCACUGUCAAAAUUGGCCUACAAAAUGAAAGACCAGCUCAAAAAUUCAAUCAUGUGCGGUUCGGUUAGAAUUGACAAGUUGUUAAAUGAGAUGCUUCUGCAAGAAGAAUGCACGUACAACAUAGGGACUCCUACGGUUUCGCUAGUGUCUGGAACUAAUCCCAAAACUGAAAGCGCGUUCUUCGCGCCGAACGAAGAAAUGGCAGAACCGUUUCCGAAUUUGAACAACUUUGAGAACUCGUACUUUUCUUUAAACACUGCCAAUGAAGGGAAUCCGAUUCCUUGGAAUAUGAAAAAUUUUGACUACCUCGCGAACUACAUAGAGACAACUCGGAACGCUCCGCCGGAAGCUCUGCCUCAACAACCGAACCAGUUCCCUGGAUCGGCUCCUCGACAGAUGCCAGUUCUGGAGCCAGGUCACCAGCAGACAAUCGGACACAAUUUCUCUGCAGCACACCUUUGGCCUAACCAGUUCCCAUCACUGCCACAUGAAGUGGGAUUGGCCAAUGGGAAUGCAGCUCACAUUAACUCAUCGCAGCAUCAAAACAACAACAACAACAAUGUCAAAUUCAACUGAAUAAAAACACGCGGUUCCUGUAUUUAGGUUGAAACUUCCAACAUCAAUGCUAACUUGAUAAUUCUGAUUUCUGCGAAUUUUCCAAUUUCGGUUCUGUUUUGAUAUUUCAUUAAUAUAUAAUUUAUCUGGAA